AUGCGGUACUCAGGUGUCUUCAUGCAGACCAUCUUUGUCCUAAAUAGUUAUGUGCUAACAGAGGUCCCAUGGAGAUUGCAACCUUUAUUGGAGAGGAUUAAGUAUCUGUUUGGUUUCUUGAAAGUGCAAAUUAAACACAUCUAUAGAGAAGCUAAUGGGAUUGCAGACUUUUUAGCAUCCUUUGCUGUUCUGACUGAGAGGAAUUCUGACUUUUCAGCUAGUGGUGUUUUGCCACUUGCUGGGAUGUUGCUGUUGCAGAAGGAUCAGAGCUUGCUACCUACAGCAAGAUUGAAAAAGUUUGUGGAAUGGUUUGCUGAUCUAUGUGGACAGAAGCUUUGUUUCAGUAGUUUUCUGCUGUCUGGCAGUUUGUUGCUGUUUCAGAUUCUGUUUGGGAUGAGUAAGGCAGUCUGUGAUUAUGGACUGCUUGUGUACUUGAGGACUGGACGCUGA